AUGUAUACAACAUACGAGGGCAGUGUCUUCAUUGACGGCGGAGGUAAAGACGGAGGCUACACGUACAAGGAGUGCGCACCUUCCUUCGCAACCCUCCUUGUGCGAAAGGAUGAGGUUGUCACCGUGAUGCUGCAAGGGCCCAAGAGACCUGGUGGAGACGACCCUGCAUCGGGCCAUGCCGUCCUCUCGAUCGCCGUGCGGAGUGCAGGCAAGGACGAGCCUUCACCACAAGCGCUUCCCAAGCAGGCAGUCCGUCGACUUUUGCAGUCGGACGUCAUUCCUGACGACGUUUCGGUGGCACAUUACUAUGCUACUAACAUGGCGAACAUCACCGCCGGCAAGCGUGUUGGGAAUGUCAUCGAUAUCUUGAGAAAUUUGCGGACUGCAAGAACAAUUCAACACUAUGCUCAGGCCCUGGCAGCAUUCCGCCGCGCAGAUCAGCUCGUCGCCUGGGCUUACCAUCUUUCGUUGCUGCACCACAUGUUCGAGCACAGGAUUUACCAACACCUCCACUUACUUUCUCGCACGUACAAGCUCAAAUCCGCCUUGUGUGUUGAGUUGGAGUCGCCGCUAUACCACGAGUACUACAAGAAGGCUACCGUCAGCGACAACGCCGACGGCCGAGGGAAGCACCGGGAUAUCGAUCUCAAGGCGAGGCCCGGGCAGGAAAUCGUGUCAGAGAUAGUGUGGAAGACAAAGGUUCGUUUCUUUGAGGGUACGAUAGACGACGGGGACCGCGAGAUGCUCCCCAUCAGCGAGCUACUGGGCACCUUGAAGACACCAGAGGGCCGGACGAGAUCAACGAAAAUGCAACAACAUAUCAUGAGCUGGAUCAAUAGUCAACGCACGGCGGUUCGCGAAGGCUCUGAGUAUGACUUCGACGCCACGCACCAUGACGGCGCUGUUCACCACGAAGCUACGAUGCUCGGCAUCCAGCAGUUGCCCCAAAUGAAACGGCCCCUGAAGUUGGUGGUUACUACUGAGCGGUGUUGCCCUACCUGCGCUUACCUCUUCGAAUUCUGCAAGAACAACGCUGAUCGAGGAUUUCUGGGUGCCGAGCUGGAAGAUACGUUAUGGAGCGGGCGGAAGACGUCCUUCAGCAUCGAUUGGAGACGAUGGUGGCAAGAUACAGAGAAGCUGAAAACUCAAGACCUGAGGGCAUAG